UGGAAUGCUGUGGCUCUGUGGGCUUGGGACAUUGUGGUGGACAACUGUGCCAUCUGCAGAAAUCACAUUAUGGAUCUCUGUAUAGAGUGUCAGGCCAAUCAGGCGUCGGCUACAUCAGAGGAGUGUACAGUGGCCUGGGGAGUCUGUAAUCAUGCGUUUCAUUUCCACUGCAUCUCUCGCUGGCUGAAGACCAGACAGGUGUGUCCUCUGGACAAUAGAGAGUGGGAGUUCCAGAAGUGAGUGAUUUUGUUUCUUCAUUAAAAUAGAGGCAGA